AUGUCGUGCUUUGCGGUGAUUGGAGGAGUCCGCGCUGGGAAAACGUCUUUCAUACGCAGCCUCUGCUCUUACGGGAAGUGCUGGGAGACUAGAAAUGGACUCACCCUCGGGAAAAAGGAGCUUCCCCAGGGAUGGGAUGAAUUCGUGGAGUUUUCCCCCCACCCUGAAAAUCCCAUCUUCUCGGGGCGAACUUUCGGCCUUUUCGACGCUCUCGUUUCCCUCGUCGAUGUUUCCACGGGGUGGGAUUCAGCAUCUCUCGAGGCGAUACGGAGGAGUAAAACGAAGAAAGUCCUGGUUUUCGUGAAUAAAGCAGAUAGGAUCCUUUCUAAAGGCAGGGACUCCGAGAAAGUCCUCAUCUCUGCUGUUUCUGAGAUUUCCAGGCAUCUCCUGAAGGAGGAAGGCCCCGAGACUGAGCUCUGGGUGGGAAGCUUAAAGCACGGAAUCUGCAUCUUCCAGGGACUUCCCCAGGACUUUCUGUGCCCAAGAAAAAGGAGGGAAUCAAGCCUUUCCGAGCACGUCCUGAAGGUUUGGAGUGUCCUGGAACUCUCCGGAGCAUCCCCGAAGGAGAGAAAGAAGCUUCUCUGGGGACAGGGAUACUUUGAGUUUGUGAAAAGCAAAAAAACUCUGGAGAGAGACCUCCUCGUACACGCUCUCAGGAUUCCCUCUGUGGAAAGUCUUUUCAGAGAGUUCGGGUUAUUCGGGGUAUUUCAGGGCCUUGGUAGAGACGGGGGGAGGAAACAGGAAAAAGACGGGCUAUUCUGCGAGAUAGUCUCUCUCCUGGGGGGUACUCGGGAGGGGAAUAUUCGGGUGCUUUUGAAGGGAUCUGCUCCGAAUGCGCGGAUUCCUUCGGUUUUUGUCGCUGGGGAGGAGUGCAGGCUCUCCUGGGCUGAGCCUGGGCCCGUGAAUGGGUACUUCCACAUCGCAGAGGUGCAGAUCACUGAGAGAGCGUCUUCUUUCCUGCUUUCUCGGAUGGAGGAGGAAACCCCGAAUAACCCUGGGAUUUCCGUUAUUUUUGAAAGUCCAGAAAAAUUCUUCGGAGAUCCCGGGGAUAUGCUCUACUUUGGCGUGCGAGUCAGGCAUAAGGAAGCACUACAGAAUUCGGGUUAUUCGGAGACUCGGAGUACUCGGGUGGAACUCUCCAGCGCUGGCCCGCACUCUCUGCAGGCCUUCCUGGAGAGAAGCUGCACUUUCAAAGGCUCUUCUGGGGUUAUAGGGCCAAUAUACCCGAUUAGAAGAACUCCUGAAAGGCUGCAGUCCUUCUGCAUUUCAGGAGAUUCUGGCAGAAUCCGCGUGAGCUUGAGCUCGAUCCUUGGGGAAAAGGCGGGAGAGAUAAAAAAUAUUUCAGGUUCGGGUUAUUCGGGGUACUCCGACCCGGAGGAAAAGGUCUUUCUCCUGGGCCCUGCAGGGAGUGAGAACAUGCCCGGAGUGGACUCGGCAGCUUCCCGCAUAAGAAGUGCUUUAGACGCUAUAAAGGACUCGGAGAACUCCCUCGCGAUUUCUCAUGCGAGAAUAUUCAUUGAGCCUGCAGGGGAAGAGUCCACAGGCGAGGAGACGAGCGGAGAGGAGAUUCGCCUGAGCCUGGAGAGAUGUGCAUACUCCGUCGUUGAAAAGAGCCUGACUUCAGAGGUCUUCCUCUCUCUUCCCGUGAAAUACGUUGAAAAGUCCUCGGAUUCUCUGAUAAAUAAGCUUAUCUCGAAAAAGACCGUUGAAUCUUUGGUAAAAGCUAUUUCCUGUGCUUACAGGGCUAAAACACUCGAAUUCUCGAAGAGUCCCUCCCUCCUGGGGGCGAGGAUGACUUUUCAGGUCCCAGCCUCAGAGUAUCCCGGGCUUCUCUCCGUCUUAGGCACUUUCUUCGAGCACUUUCCUCCGAAUAUCCUGGGGUCUGCGUAUACUCCCGUUGUAGAAAGCCCAGGAAAGCCUCCAGCGGAGAUAAAUCUGCUUCCCCUGGGGAAAUACAGAUAA